AUGGCAACUAAAGGAAGACAGCGCGUGUCAGUCGCCUGUGUUCCAUGUCGCCAGAAAAAGCGCCGAUGCGAUGGCCAGAGGCCGGUGUGCCUCACCUGUCAGAAAAAUGGAUCCCUCUGCGAAUACUCGCAGAGUCCUGAAAAGCGAAAGCCACCUACGAAGUGUUAUAUCCAUGCGCUCCACUGCAGAAUCGCCCUCUUGGAGCAUCAACUAGAGCAGUCGAGACGCAGCGUGGAUGGGUCUGCAUUCCCAGGGCCUAAUUCAUCUACUGAGCAUUUGUUAUCUCCUAAGGAUGAAAUGGCCGGCCAAUCUUCGCUGCUGGGAGCUGCCAGCCCCUUGUCUAGCUAUGGAUUGUUUGCAGCAUAUGGACAUCCUAGCAACAGUGAGAAGGAUGAUGGCAUACCACUGGGGAAUAGCACCCCUUCCAUAUGUACCGAUGACCAAGAUCAGAAUCCAUUACUGUAUCUUGAACCGGAGACACAGACUCGGCUCCUAGACGAAUUUUGGACCUGGCAAAAUACGUGGCCGCUCCUCGUCCAUAAGCCGCUGUUCCAAGAGGACUUUCUUCAAAAUGGAGUGAAAGGGUACUUCAGCUCUGCAGUCCUCUCUGCCAUGCUGUCUUUGGGUGCACAGUACACCGAUAAUGACCAAGUCCAGCUGCGGAAUGUGUCCGCUGACUCGCUUGCAACCCACGCGAAGCGCCUGGUGCUUGAUCAAAUCGAACGGCCCAGUCUUUCGCUUACGUUGGCGGCAGCUCUUCUUUCCUUAAAAGGGUUGGCAGAUGACAAUUUGCCUUCAGCUUUUCAGUACAUCGGCAUCGCUCUCCGGCAAGCUCUGUUUCUUGAGCUUCACAAGGAAGCCGCGGCAAUUCACGAUGCUACUUCGUCAUCAGUUGAACUCAAGGAAGCGGGAUAUAUACUAUGGUUAGGUAUUUGGAUUCUGGAAAGACAUAUUGCACAGAUCACCGGCCAGUCGAGUUCAACGCAUGAAUCAGAUAUACAGUCAAUUCCAGUUCCAAUGAUAUCAAGCCUGGAGUAUGACCCCUGGCCGGCCUCCAAUCAUCCAUUAACCCUCACCUCUCAUUGCAUCUCGACUAUGCAGUCGUGCUGCGAUCUCCAACGAAUGGUAUUGCCAGUUCUCGACCAACUUUCUGCACUGUCGGACUAUCAGUCCUUCGACGCCCAGAAUCUGGCGACAAGAACCCACGUUGCCAUGUCCGAGUUCUACAACAAUCUGCCGAGCCAUCUCAGAUUGCCUGCUGCCGCUACCAGACCAGUCCCCGCGCAUGUGUAUCAAUUCCAGUUGCAGCACCACACCCUAAAGGUCAUGCUUCAUCGCCCAUUCCUUCACACUACCCCCUCUAUAAACACCGUACAGGCCUCCCAGGACCCAGAAAUGGUUCACAACCAGUCCGCCACAUUCUCCGCCAUCCGUAUUACCUACAUCAUCAACGCCUAUAAGAAUUUCUAUCCCCUGGACCGACUAUCCCCACUUACCGUUCAAAGUAUUACGCUCUCUUCCCUGAUCCACCUGUUCAAUGCCAGCUCGGCGGACGCGACGCUGGCAAAGCGGUCAAAGGAGCUUCAUCGAUUGAAUUGCCACGUCCUGGGCCAGAUGGCCUCGGCAACGAAGUGCAGUACUCGGGCACUUAAAGUCCUUGAAUCUGUUCAGCGCGAAUGGGAAAGCUCCAUUUCCCUGCAUGAUUCGGUUGAAGGGGGGGACCCAUCUAUGGCUGUGUGCGACACGGUUACAGCUGAGAUGUUGAUGCCUGAGCCAUUCAGCCUGGAUCUUUCGGACGAUGCAUUUAACUGGUUCCAGUUACCCUUGAACGACAAUCUCUUUGAUGAUACAUUUUUAAACUCGCUAUGGAAUGUGGACAGCCUGCCUCCGGGAUGGGACUUGGACAAUGAUAUCAAUGUCGCAACUGAGUUUUAA